AUGUACUCUCUUCUGUUGCACUACCAUCUUUCGUAUCCACGCCUCACCUUUCAGCUCAACUUCCGCAUAGUACGUUUACGAAGAAUUUAUAUUGAUCCGCAGCAGGAUGAACGUUGGCAUCGACUUCAUAUUGACGUGUUUUUGAAUCCGGAUUUCGAUGAUGUGCAUGAGAUGCUCUCUUACGGCAAACGCGGUUAUAUACCAGCAAGGGAUCCCACAUAUACUUGGACGCGCGAUCAAGCGAUUGAGUUGAGAACCAAGGCUCGCUUAGACCUCACCAUCUUUUGUGAUUCUUUGAAAUCUGCUGGACAGUCCCUGGAUGAUCCCGUCGAGGAACAGAGGUUCAUUCACCCGGAAUCGGGACGAUGGCUUUAUCGUGGAGAGCGUCUUCCACAUUAUGCUCGUCAUCUUCCUGCACCAGGGCACGAAGUUCUCACGCAUAGCACAACACGGCGCCUUUUGGAUUUUGUCGAUUUGUCUGAUGGCAGCAAGUGGUUUAUGAUCACCUGGAACACUAUGAUGGUGACCUUGGGUAAAGCACGAUGUGACGAAGCUGGCCCUUACUGGCUGAAUGUGGGUAAA